AAGGAUCAUUCAACAAACGAGAUAGUCAAGCGUGGGAUUGUGGUUACCUUCCCACCAGAUACUCGCAAGACGACCCCAACUAUCACGAGACGACUGUGAUCACCAAACAUCCACUGCAGCUUCUAAGCUACACGCCACGCAAGGAACCCUCUCCGAUUCGAUACUGCGUCCAUGAUUUACACAUUUCAUUGUCGUGUAUUCAAUUCAAAAUUCCACAAUGGCUGCGGCCGAGGUUUUGGCCUUUCCAGGAAGCUUCCCAAAAAGCCCAUGUGGUUGGAGAGUUGGCCAGCCAUCGACGACUGGGUGGGAUGAAGAAGACGUACGCAUCCGCCUGGGCAUGAUAGCCCGGGCCUGGGUUUCAAAAUGGUGGAUUACUCAGUCACGACGUAACGAUGCUCAACCCUUCGGUUCCACCCCCCGCGUCCCAUCAACCCCCUUGAAAGUACCCAACUGUUCGCCGAGGUGGUCUCGACGUUUCGCCUGCCCUCCCGAACCUCAGGAACCCUCCGAAGACCUCAUGAAUCCUAGUUCUACCGACGCCCUGGUGGUCCGACAAUUGCCCCCAUCUGACGUUGCGGCCCCGCUUCCUCCACCGUCUGACGAACAGGAGAGGCCACGCCAACGCCGCAGCGGGGAUGCCCUGUUCUCCGACCCUACCCAGGAGUUUGAGAUUGAUUUUUCUUCGCAACACGGCUUCCGGGAAGCGAAGAAGAAAAAGGCGGCGAAGGCAGCACCUAAAAAAGCGGUCACUAAUAACAACGACGGUGACGACACGAAGCAGAACGACGAAGGAGGCGGCGAUGGUGGCGACCAGGGAGGCAACCACGGAGGUGACGCCGGGGGAGACCAAGGAGGGGAUGCCGGCAAUAAUGGCAGCGGAGCCGGAGGGGAUGGUGAUGGCGGCGACAAGAACAACGGAGACAAUGGAGACAACGGAGCAGGCGACAAUAACGCCACGGGCGACCCGAGUCCUGCGGAUGACUGGGGCACCUUCACGUCGGCGAAAACGAAGAAGGGUAAGAAGGGCGCCGUGGAGGAGUCCACCAACUUCCCUGAGGUACCAUCAUCCAAGUUGGACUCGUUUCAGGAAAUCACUCUCGACGACCCAGGUAUAGGGUCUGGGACACUAGAUCUCAAUCUCGGUUCGACGGAUACCAAGGGGACAACAUCGUUUGGCGCCUGGGGGUCGAGUUGGAAUACUGGGAAUAGCUUGGAUUUCGCAGGCAGCAAAGACUCCUUCGGGAAUGCGGCGGCCGAAAACAAAGAGGAUGUCGAUUCGAACCCCUGGGGCCUCGGCAAAUCAAAGUCGAAGAAGGAUGAUUCCUUCGAUUUCGGGUUCACCUCGGGGGGUACAAAGAGCCAAGAUCUGGGUACCUCCGGAGCGGUGGAUGAUCUCACUGGCGCGUGGGGCCUGAGUUCUACAAAGAAAAAGGGCAAGAAAAGCGAGCCAGAACCUGAGCCUGAGCCUGUCCCCCCUCCGGCUCCUGAUCCAGAACCUGCCGCAGAGCCUUGGCUUGCUCCCGCUGCAACUGCGAAGUCCAAGAAGAAGAAGAAGAAGGGAUCAGUAGAUCCUGAUCCGCCGCCGGCACUGGCCCCGCCGCCAGUGGAACCCGAACCUGAGCCGGAACCGCCCAAAGAGGAACCGAAGGAAGAUAACCUUUGGGAUGCCUGGGGUGGCGGUAGUAGCUCCAAAAAAACCAAGAAGGGUGCCGUCAUGGAGGUCAAGGAACCAGAACCAGAACCAGAACCAGAACAUGUGCCGGGGCCACCCCCCGAACCGGAGGCGAAGAAAUCCGACGUCAUCUGGGGUGCCUCUACGACAUCAACGUCCAAGAAGGACAACAAGAAGAAGAAGAAGAAAGGCAAAGAAGCGAGCGCCCUAGUCGAAUAUGGAGAGGAGCCCUCGCCGCCAAUGGAGGUGCCUCCCGCGGUUCCGGACGUAGACGAACCCGUCGAACUUGAUGAAGGAGAGCCACCCUUAGACUCGGUGCAGCCAGAUCCUGUCGAAGAGGGCCAGGAUACCAGCGCCAAAACCGAGGACAGCGGCCUGGGCUUCUGGGGCCUCUCGUCGAAAAAGAAGUCAAAGAAGAACCAACCGGAACCGGAAAAGGAGAAGCUGUCCAAAACGAAAGAAAAAGAACCCAAGCUAAGCGAGAAGGAGUUGAAAAAGCUCGAGAAGGAAAAAAAGAAAGCCGAGAAGGAAGAAGCUCGGCUUGCCCGCGAGGCGGAGGAGGCUGCUGCGGCUGCCGCGGCCGAAAUAGCCCGGCAGGAAGAAGAAGAGCGCGAAAGGGCUGAAGCCGAGGCUGCGCAGAUCCUUGAGGAAGAGGCACAGUUAGAAGCUCUACUCGCCAAGAAGGCCAAGCGAGGCAAACUGCCCAAGAAGGACCAAACCACUCUUGACGGUCUGCAGGAGGCCGCUAACAAGCGUGCUAAGGAGAAAGCCGCCAAAGAGGAGGAGGAAAGACUCGCCGCUGAGGCGGAGGAGCAGGCGCAGCGGGAGAGAGAAGAGGCCGAAGCGGCAGCAGCAGCAGAAGAGGCGGCAGCGGCAGAGGCAGCAGCAGCGGCAGAGGCGGCAGCAGCGGCAGAGGCGGCAGCAGCGGCAGAAGCAGCAGAGGCUGAAGCGGCGGCGGCGGCUGCAGCUGAAGCAUCCAAGAAGAAGUCCAAGAAAAGCUCUUCCAAGACAGAGAAGGAGUCCAAGGCCAAGUCAAAGAAGUCGUCCAAAGACAAGGAUGAGGAGAAGAGCGAGGAUAAAGAACUGGAGGAGGCCAUCGGGGAACUCAGUCCCGAACAGGUCGAGGAGCUGCUGGCGGCAGAAGAGCCUGUCACCAGCAAACCGAAGCCCGUUAAUGAUGCAUUCAGCUUCUGGGGCAUAUCGACUUCAAAGAAGUCCGGCAAGAAAGCUUUUGAACCCGUGGAAGAACCUCCGGUGGAAGAACCUCCGGUGGAAGAACCUCCAGUGGAAGAAGCGGUACCAGAAGUAGCGGCCGAGCCUGAACCUGAACCGGUACCCCCGCCUCCGCCCCCCGUCCCGGCCGCGGCUCUCACGAAAGAAGAGCGCAAGCGACUCAAGAAGGCAAAGAAGGCUGCACCAGCCCAAGCUGCGCCUGAGCCUGAGCCUGAGCCUGAGCCGGAGCCGGAACCCGAACCUGAGCCCGAGCCAGAACCCGAACCUGUAAAGAGCCAAAAAUCCGAUCUUCCGGGCUCCUUCCCCGAAGAUGACGAGAUUGUAGAAAUCAUCGACCUGGCGCCACCCAAGAAGAGCAGCAAAAAGAGCAAGAAACGGGCAAAGGAGCCUGUACCAGUAGAGGUCCCUCCCGAAGCCCCUCCUGAAGAACCCCCCGAGGAACCUCCCGAGGAGCCUGCCGAGGAGCCUGCUGAACGACCUGCUGAGGAGGAAUCUGCCGAAGAACCCGCCGAGAUACCUCCCGAGGUACCACCACCUCCUCCGGCUGUCCCUGAUGUGCCCUUGACCCCGCCAUCCGAAGAGUCUAAGCGUUCUCGAAAGGAACGAACAAGGGUCAACCGUGAAGGACCAUCCUUGGGCGCAUGGGCGGCUACGGCGCCACGCGAGCGGGAAAAGAAAUCGUCCCGGACAGUGUCGGAGAAGAAGAAGAGGGAACGGGUUGAGAAGGAAGAGAAGGUCUCGUCGAAAGGAUCUAGCUCGGACAAAGCGGAACGUGAGCGAGACCAUGAACGGGACCGUGAGCGACAUCGAAAUCAAGACCGGGAUCGAGACCGAGAUCACGACCGUGGCGACAGGGCCAGGGAGACGUCUGCACGGCCAAAACUCAUGUCCAUGUUUAGUACGCCCCCUGUCACGCGAGCCACGACGACCCGCGACCGGAGACAUGCAUCAAGCACAAAAUCAUCGCGCCGACAUUCGGUCGACGUUGGCGGCUUCACUUCGCCACCUCCAGAGGAAGCACCACCCAUCUCAUCUAAGGCCGCGAAGGUCCUGGGCAUCAAGAACUCUAGCAGAUCUGCAAGGCGUGCUCCGCCCCCAGAAGACGAGGACAUUGUCAUGGUCGGCGCCAACGGAGAAGAAACACCUUCCCAAAGAUCGCGUAGACGCUCUAAAUUGCCCAGGGAGGACGAUGUUGUCAUGGUCGAGGCUGAUGGGCCGUCGGACCCCAUUGCUCUGAAGCGUUCCAAUUCCAGUGCUAAAAAAGGAUUUGGUGGCUUCUUCAGCAAUCUGAGGACUCCCAAGUCUGAGCGCCCAGAACGUCCAGAACCGCCUCGGCGUCGCAAUACGUACGCCAUGACGGACGACGAGGGAAGGCGGGAACACCGCCAUAAAGGAUACCCCGCUGACUAUGGGGCUGGUGACGCCGCGGCAGCUGAAGAGGCAGAACGGGAAGCGCACCGGGCUGUUCGGAGAGCGAGAAGGGCUGAGCGAGAAGCAGCUGAGAGGGAAGCAGCCGAGCGGGAAGCAGCCGAGGCUGAAGGGGUCGGGCGAACAGCUGAGGAGGCACGCCAUCACAAGGACAGGGAUCGGCGUGAGCGGCGUCGAAGGUACGAAGAGGAUGCCGAGGCGCGUAGGCAAGAGGAGAAGGAGGCGAGACGCGCAGAGAGACGUGCGGCACGGCAGCGGGAGGAAGAGGAGCGUCGCAUGGCCGAGGAGGCAGAGGCAGAGGCUAGGCGCGCCGAACGCCGUCGCCGGCGUAAGGCACGUGAAGCGGCCGCCGCUGCGACAGCUGAAGAGGAAGACGCCGAGGCGAGGCGUGCGGCUCGAGAGGAACGUCGUCGUCUACGGCACAUGGAAGCUCCAGAUGACGAGGAAGCACGACGACUCAGGCGCGAAGCCCGACGAGCGGCACGUGCUGCAGGUUCUGGUGGUGGUGGUGGUGGUGGUGGCGAGGAAGACGAUGGUGGGCACCGCAGCAGCCGUCGGUAUCAGUCUGAGACAGAAGGUGUUUAUCCAAGACACCGGUCCCACCGUGGCCACGAGUCCAAGCCGAUGUGGCCCCACUCGGGCACUUCGUCUUGGGUGAAGGACCAUUCGGAUGCCGGACCACCACCGGAAGAGGGUACGGCGCAGAACGACGAGGAGGCUCGCCGCGAGAGGAGGGAGCGACGCCGGCGUGCCAGGAUGGAGGAAGGUGGCACGGCCGACGAAGCUGAUGAUCAGCGGCGACGACGUACGCGACGUGAGGAGCGAGAACGGGAGAGGGACCGGGACCGGGACAGGGAGCGGCGUCAUGGUGGGGGAACCAUCGGUGGCACAUCCGAAGGUAGCGACGAGCGGCGUCGGGCCUCCCUUUUCAUGGACACGACACCGCGCAGCAGCUGGUGGAGGAAGAUCACCGGUUGAUCCGGUCGAUUGACGGCGGUAAGGGGUCAUUAGGCUUCGCAUGUCUUGUCUGUCCGUAUCAUGUGUUUUUGUACCCGAGCAGGCCAGCACAUCGGGUUUUCCGUUGUUGACACUCCCGCCUUGCGGCAGGAGACAUAUACCCCAACCUUGAAUU